CUGGGCGAGACAUCGGAGGGAAAUGGUAAGUGAAGCAAACUCGGUCGACUGUGGUGGAGAUAGCGGGCGAGGAACAGUCUCGCCUCUGGGAUCAGGAUGGGUGGAGAAGGAAGAUGAGAACGAAGGUAUAUAUCCACUGCUUGUCCUGAUUUGCGGUCUUCACCGUCCUCCUCCCUUCCCAUGUAAAGCUGCCCUUAUCGAUCGAGCUAGUAGCCAACCUCCCUUAUCGGUGUCGUCGUGUACCAAACGUCCUCAUCGUCGAUACCACCGUAUCUCUCGCACAGAAAUCCUCCCAAACCUGCUCCGGGUACUGCUUUGCUCGCCAAUGUCUGGAAAUCGAUACUCGGCCGACCUCCUGACCGAAGAAAACGACCAUCUGAUCAACGAACUCCUUUCGACCAGUGCCGUAUCUCCAGCCAUCGCCGCAAUGUCGUACCUCGCGAACGGCGGUCGUCCGCGUUCUCCCGCCCUCGGACAGUGGCUCAAUAAUCCGCCAUCACACGCAGUCCAGCCUUCGUCCACGACCGCCUUCACCUCGAUGAUGCACCACCAACCCAGCAUCUCCGAGGCCGUCCGCGCCGACUACCAGCGGCACCAUCUCCUUGCCCGCCACCAGCGGGAACACCAACAACAGCAGAUCUUCCAACUCGCGCAGCAGCAGCAGCACGAGCAACAGAUGCAGGCGCAACACGCGCAAUCGCAGUCGCAGCAAUCCCAGCAGCCGCGUCAAAGCCAGCGGCAACCCUCCCUCGUCAUCGCCCAAGCCCCUCCACACGAGGACGCCUCCACCGGCACUUCUCCCAACGCUGUAACCUUCCAGACCGAGUACCUGGUCGAGAUCGGCCUCCCGCAGUGGCCGCUCGUAAACCUGAUCUACUACCCGAACGGCAGCGUACACGUCCUGUGCGGCAACGAGGGCAAAGGGAUGUUCACGGCGACGCGGGCGUCGCUCCGCCCCGUGACCCCCGAGGUCCGCUGCAAAGUCACCACGCAAUCGCAGGUAACACAGAUCCUGCGGCGCGGCCCGCGCGGCGAGGAAGAGAUCGAGUACUCGUCGUGCGGCGGAUACGGCGCGCUUCUCGUCGAGGACCCGUGCCACGGCACCGUCAGCGCCGAGGACAUGGAGGGGGCAAACACGAUCCGGCGGGACGCCUGUGGGUCCGUCGACACCACCACCCCCACCAUCACCACCAGAACGAUCGUCAUGCCCUUCGACGCGGCCAUCCCCCCCGCCACAGAGGCCGCGGACCGCGACCUCUCGGAGCUCCGCAUGCGUAUGCGCGAGGCGAGGAACUCCUGCAUGACCUCUAUCGACACCGACCGCGCCAACCCCGACUAUAACCUAAACCUUGCGCAGGAGCCGGCGCCGCGGCGCCGCACUACCACCCCCGCCGCCGCCAAACGCGCCCAGGCCCAGAGCCAGAGCCAGAGAGCGGUCUUCCAGAUCAAGACGAAGCUCCCCGGACAGUCCCCGGCUGCCGCCGCCGCCCCAGCUGCUACCGCAGCAGGUGCUAAGAGGAAGUCGCCGCCGAAAAGGAAACUCAUCCCGAGGAAUACUAAGAAGUUGCGCUCGGCGAGUGCCGAAGCUGAGGCCGAGGCGGGGGUGAAGACGGUGCUAUCCGUGUCCACUGCUGACGACGAGACGGAGGAGGACGAGAGGGUAAAGGAGGUCGAGUAGCGUGUCUGGAUGGAUGGCGCGAGAGGUGUCUGUGAUGGAAGAUGGAAAAAGCUGCUUUUGGUUCGCGGGUGGGGGGCGUUUGUUUGCUUGUUUGUCUGUUUGUCUCUCUGUCUGCUUGUUUGUCGUCCGUCUAUGAGCUUGAGGUCGGUUCGGGGUUCGGAGUGUUUUGCUAUGGGUCUGUUUUUUCAAUUUUCUGUUAUAUUACUAUCUGCCUGUACGUUGCUUGCAGAGAGAGGUUUACGGUACGAGUUUAUUUGAGCUGGAGGAUCAGGGG